AGAUCCAGGCAGUGUCGCUCGGACCGUCGACGGGAGACGUUGUGUAUUUGUGUACGCGAUACCAACAUCCGCGUGUUCUGAAUAUAAAUAAACGAAUUCAUCUUCUACCGAACAAAGGUUUUCAGUGAAAAUUUUAAUACAUUUUAAUACUUAUCCAGGAUUAAGUUCUAAAAUGUGUUUGUGGUUAUUGUAAAUUGUGUUAUUUGUGAGGUUUUAAUUUUUUUUUCGGACGAUUUCGCCGGUGAUUGGAUAAACUUGUCUUGGAGAUUGAAGCGAGUGCCAUGUGGUCCGGCAAGAAGUGUUCGGAGGGCGGCGCCGGCACUCCCACGGAGGAGGAGAUCAAAGUGGUGCUGGUGGGAGACACGCAGUGCGGGAAGACGUCACUAGUGCAGAGAUUUGUGUCCGACACCUUCCUUGAGGCGUACACGCCCACCGGGUUCGAAAAAUAUGGCUACACGUGCACAGUCGCCGACUACAGAGUGAACUUCUCAGUGUGGGACACCUCAGGGACCACCGCCUACGAUACAGUCAGACCCCUCGCGUACCAAGAUGCCAAGAUCUUCAUGCUAUGCUUCAACAUCGCGGAACCAGAGACCCUAAACAACUCUGCUGCUAAGUGGUACAAAGAAGUCCGCACACACGGCGGCUCCGCGCCCGUCCUUCUGUGCGGAUGCAAGGCGGACUUGCGGCAUGACAAGGAGACGCUCACCAUGCUGUCCAAACUACGGACACACCCAGUCACCAGCGAAGAGGCUCUAUCGGUAGCGAGGCAGUUGGGAGCAACGACCUACGUGGAGACAUCGGCAAGAGCCUCCAGUAAAGGAGUGAAAGAUGCCUUCGAAGUUGCAGCGUUGGCAGCUCUGGGCAAGCUAAACAAACAACAGAUGAAGCAGCAGAAGCAAGUGGGACGUAGUAAGAGCAAGCGCGACUUAAAAGCCGAGCUGAAAGGACGAGCGAAGAGUUGUUGCGUCAUGUGAUCCGUAGCUGGCCACCCAUCCAGGUGGCCGCACGACUGCUAGGCGACCACCGCCCUUCCAGAGUACUGCAGAGUGAACCUAUUUGGAUUACAAACGUUACUUGUUCCAACGAUCUCUAUAUGGAACAGUUUCGGGCCUAAUGGACUACCCAGUGGAACCCCUCGAUGAACUGAUGCUUUUGCGUCCCUUUUUGAAAACUAAUAAUUACAAUACCUAUUUUAAAUUAACAAUUUGAUGAAACAAAUGAAUACGGAAAGAAUGAGUAUAAUAGGACAACGUAAUAUCUUUAGUGUAAUUGGAACAGAGUUCGUUUUGAAAAAGUAUAUUAUAAGAAUUUAUUGUUAAAAAAAUAAGGUGCAAUCGAUAACCCCGAGGGUUAGGAGCAUGAGAAGCCUGUGAUAACGUAAAAAUAGAGCAUUUGGGUUAUGAGAAUAGAGAUGAGUUAGAGUCUGAAUCAUAGAGAGACAAUAGACGCUCAUUUUAAAUCGCGGAAUAUCACAAACUAUGCAUUACAGGGGCCUACAAUCUCUAUGACAUUAUAAUCGGCACUAAGUACGUAAUUUUGUGACAAAUUUGGUUACAUUUUCAUAAAAGGAUUGUCUAUUUUGACUUUACAUAAUAUGGGACAAUAGUGUAACGAUUAACAUGAGAUAGAGAUGAAGCCAAAUUAAAACAAAACAAUAUAAGGGUUUCUAUUUACAGCAAACAAUUUAUAUAAGACAAGCGUAAAGUAGUUACAAGUAAAUGUGUGUUUUCAUAUACAGAAAUUAGAAUUAAUGUAUUAUUGAUGUUUUUCUAUAAUAAAGGCAUUAUUGUAUGCUCUGUAAAUAUAAAAGAUUAUCCGUUUAAAAUGCUAAGUAGACGGAAAUCUAAAUAAAUGUACUUUUAUUUUGCCACCGCACGGAGUUAUAACAGAAAUUCUAGUAAUAAAGCAAGUUAAAUAGAAUGUAAAAUAUUGCGGUCAUGUCGUUACAUAGCGAGAUCUUUCAGACAAUGAAAGGCGUAAAAAGAAAUGAACACGAUUUCAUUAAAAUUAAGCAUUUUCAGCGUCUCUCUUCCACAGAUUUAUGAGAAGAGCGUUUAGGUUUUUAUGUUUUAGUAUUCUAACGAAUUUAUUACAGUAGCAAGACUAGUUUGAAUAUUUUUUAAUUAAAAUAGAUAAUUUAAUAAACAAAAUGAAUACUAGUUUUACCUACGUAACGCUUUCGAUUUCAGAUUUUAGAUUCAUUUCACUUCAGCAUUUUAAACGGAUUGUACCGAUAACUAAUUGUUAAGUGAAUUCGUAAAUUUCGAUUAAUUCAAUGUGCUCAAAUUGUUUAGCGAAGCCGUUAUUAUAUUCUAUAUUGUAAUAAAAAAAUAUUAGACGAAUUGUUUUGUUGAAUAGAUGUUUUUUGUGAUAAUUAUUAUAUUAUUAUAAUAAUUAUAGUAUUUUAAAAACUGAAAAUGCACAAUGAUGGACAAUAUUACUGAAUACGGAGGUCCAUAAAAUUAGUUCCACGUCCAUGUUGCUGUUAGAUUUUAGAUUUUUGUACGUUUCAUAUGAAAAAAAAUAACGUCAUACCCAUACGUGUCCCCUUAAUAACAUCCUGUAUCAAUAACUUAUAUACAAUCAUCCUGUAGUUGAAUUCAAUGUCUAUUUAAUUUUAAUAACAUUAAUGUCGUUAAGGCUAUUGAAAAAUAUUUAUAAGAUAAUCGUUCUAGUAAAAAAGAAAAAAAAAUAUAGGCAUAAGAACGAAGUUUUAAAAAUAAAAGCGAGUGAACUGUGAAAAAUUAUAAAUCAAAUUUUGAAACACUUGAUUCAAAUUACGAAUUAUAUAAAAACAAAUAUUUUUUGUAAUUUCAUUUAAAAUUCGUAAAAAUUCGUAAUUUGAUUCGAAUUGACACGUAAGAGAUAAUAGAUUUUAUUUCUCAAAUACAUUAAUAUUAUAUUAAGUUGUAAUAAUUUAUUAUAUUUUGUCUUAUUAUAAGUCGAUGUCAAGCUUUAAAUUUUGAUGUUAGCUUUAAUUACUGAAUAAAAGUUAUUAUUAUAUUUAAUAUUUAAAUAAACGAUAGUAUGUAUUUUAUCCAAUAGUAACAUUUAUUUCACGACUGUUUUGAAAUGUUCUCGUUUAAUUUAAUUCGAAAUUUUAUUUAUUAUAGAAAGACAUAUCAUUGUAAAAUGUUCACUUUUAGAUCAAUAAAGACAUCGAUGCAAAAAAAUCAAAAGAUAAAAUGAGUCUAUUAGGAAAUAAUUUAUUUUUAGAAAUUAAAAAUAUGUUAAAAAUUAAGACAAAGAACAUUAAGAAAAAAUAAAAUCAUGUCAAGCGUUUUUUCAUUAACUUGUUAGAUACAAGUUAAUGAAAAAACGCUUGACAUUUGAUUAGAAGAUUUGAGACUUCAUUUGACUGUGCAUGUUUGUUACAAUCAUAAUUUUUGCUAUAAGAAUUCAAGAAAUAAGAAGUUUUUUUGAUUCUUUAGCAAAUUUUGCUAUUUUGACAUAUUUUUAUAUAUUUGCAAACUAAGUUUCACUUAAAUUCAAAUACAUAUUAAUCAAAUAUUAAAAACAUAAAAUACAAAAAUAACUUGAGUGUGAGAUUAAAAAAAAAACAUUUUUUAUGCACAUCUUUUAAAUUAACAUAUAUGUUCUUUUUGUUAAUUAAAUAUCACGUGUCUCAAUCGGUGAAGGAAAACAUCGUGAGGAAACCUGCAUACCAGAGAAUUAUCUUAAUUCUCUGCGUGUGUGAAGUCUGCCAAUCCGCAUUGGGCCAGCGUGGUGGACUAUUGGCCUAACCCCUCUCAUUCUGAGAGGAGACUCGAGCUCAGCAGUGAGCCGAAUAUGGGUUGGGUUGAUGAUGAUGAUGAUAUGUUCUUUGUCUUAAUUUUUAUAUUGAUAAUUAUUGUUAAAACAAAAAUAUAUUUCAUAUUGUAAACUGGAAAAACUAUCAUGCCUUUUUUGUUCAUUUAAUUUAUUAAAUCAGUCUUUAAUAUGUUUACUAUAAGUUCAAUCAAAGGCACUUAGCAAAUCACUUUUAUUUGUAUUAACGAAUGUACCUAUUACUUUACCUGUAUAUUGUUAAUAGAUUAAGCAGUUGAAUUGUGACGUAGAAAACAUGCCUGUCUAGACAAAUAAAAAGACCUUUCUUUAAAAAAACAUACGAUUUAUCUUUUCGCAAAUACACGAAUCACGCAUGAGUAAAUUCAAACAAAAUUGUAUCCAUAAAUAAACGUUAACUAAAUACAUGUUAGGUAGCUUUUUGCUUUUUCUAUAAAGGUAGGUAAUUAUUUUGUGUCUAUUAAGGUUGUAAAGAAAGUUCGUAAAGUUUUCAUAUUUUCUUGUUUUGCACAACAAUUUUUUGCCUGUUUGGCAAACUGUAUAUAUUCAUUCGAUAGAGGUUUUACUGCUCUACAAAACUGAGUUAUUUGUUUUUUUGGACAACUUAAUUUUUUAAUACAUUUCUGGUUCCGAAAUGAACUAAAAAAUCAGCAAUCAUUCACUGAGUUCUAAAAGCUGCCUGCCUAUAAACACUUAGAUAUAAAAAUAUUUGUACAGUCUAGACACGCAUGUUGACUAAUAAUAUAAAAAAUAAAAUUGUUUUUAUUUACAUAAAAAGAAACUGAAUAGUAUAAAUGGUUAAAUGUAAAUGAGUUUGUUUGCGACCGUCGCGGCAGUAGACAGUUUUUAAUUAAGCCCACUUUGAAUGUUGUUUCUAGUAAGACUAUUGAAUAUAGCGUUCAAUGUUUUUGA